CUCGCCUCGCAAUCCAUGUUAUAAGACGAGCCCAAUGGCAUUCGGACCACGGGUCGUGCAGAGAGUUCCGUCGAAUCAUUCCAUCCCUUCCCAGAAUUAAAGAUGCUAGACGAGAACCUCCCCACCUUCUACCUCAAACACAACAAGCAAUCCCAGCUGUGGUCCGUCUACCUCUGCCAGCACGGGAACGAACCGGAACCCGCCUACUCCCUCCGCUAUCCGGAUCCCUCCUCUCCCUCCUCUCAUAACCGCUACGCCUCCGCUCUUUACGAUCCCUAUGUCUCCGACAUCCUCUUCGGCGAGGUCCUGAUUAUUCCCGAAUGGACCCAGCCCAGUCUCUCCGCGGAAUCUAUCCGACAGAAUGGUGGUGUCGCGCCCCCUCCUGAGCCUAUCCUCCCCUCACGCUUCACCAUCAACCUCUACAACCCAGACCAACAAGUGACCGUGCACUUCAAGCCGAAGACCUGGAACAGCCCCGCAACAUGGAACUUCGAGAUGCCGCAGCACAGUUUCAGGCAGCCAUCCGCGUCUACCCUGGACCGCACCCAGACCGACCCGGCCAUGGCUGACACAACGCCCAAACUCCGCUUCACCUGGCGCAAAGACAGCAAACUGUCCAAAGACCUGACCUGUCUGCUUUCCGGGAAAACAACCACCUUACCCGAAUCCAAAACGAAAAGUAAAGAACCUGACAUUACGGUAUCCAUCUUCAAGAGCCUCCGCGAACUCACACUCUACGAACCCAACCUCUACCGCGUCGAGAUGGAAGACUUCAAAGGCCUAGAAGUCGUGCUCCUCCUCGGCGCAAUCACCAUCCGCGACGUAUACUUUGCAUCCAUGAAAGACGCAUUCCACGUCACCAAGCCCGCUCACAUGUCGAGUACACCCUCGCCCACCAAGGCAAACGGCAAACCCCUCCCCACUCUCCCAGCCGCAUCCGGGGCAUUAAACGCCGUCCAACCCAGACCCGAACCACAACAGCAACCCCAACAACCAUCCCCUACCAACCGAAAAACCGAACAACAACGCGAAGAAGAACGACGCACCCAGAAGCUCCUCCAAGAAGAAGAACAAGCGCGUCGGAGACGUCGAGCCGAGCGGCAAGCCGACAUCGACCGCGAGACCCGCCGUCUGCAAAUGCUCUACGGACAAGAGGAGCAGCAAGUGCGUAUGCAGACACCGUCACUACCACCCCGUCAACCGGCCGGAUCCACCCUUUCCCUACGACCAGCCAACCAACCUCAUCAUACCUACCCAUACCAAGAUGGCCGCUCUCGCCCACCAGCAGGUCCAUACAUGUCUCCGGGCCCAGAUCCACGGCGCCAAUCAGCCGUACGAUUUGCCCUGCUGGCAGAGACACCCGGACCCGCUGCGUCCACACCGGCCCUGCAACCCAAGAAAAGUAGUUUCUUCCGUUUACGACGGUCGUCAGCAGAUGAGGCGAAGUUGAGCAAAAAACGGAGUUCGAUGUUUUGAUUGAUUCAUGAUUUGUUCUUAAUGUUUGAUUGUUUGUUUGAUACCCAGCUUGCAUUCAAGUAUAUAGAUUUUUUUACCUUCGAUUUCGUCGAGCUACUCGUUUUGUUAAUGCUCAGACUUCGCGGUUUUUACGAGGAACCUUGUCUCGGUCUUACUGAGCUUAUAAACAGUCAUCUUAUCUAAGUCACCACUAAAAGUAUUCAAUCU